AAAACCGCCAAACUGGAUUUUGAGGCCCGUGUCCCCGUCCCUUUCAGCAUCUUCCCGGCUACGUACCGGGAACCUGAAAAGGGCGUUCAAACUCAUACGCACGUUCACGAGAAGGUUGAGGUCAAGGUCACCAAGCCGGCUCAUGCUGCUGCUCACCAUGGCCAUGAGGAUCACCACCAUGCUCCCGUCCCUCCGGCUGUCCAUGAGCUUCAGCCUCCCCGUGUAGAGCAUCGCAUCGUCGAGGAGGAGGUCCACAUCACCGUUGAGGAGGAGCUCCCCCAUGUCCACCGCGCUCACUCGGUCAAGGACGAGGAACACCACAAGGACCACAAGCACCACGCCAUUGACCACCUCACUGACAAGCUCCCUCACGUCCAUCGUCCUCACUCCCACCACUCUUCUCACCACGAUGUCGUCGAGCAUCAAUACCGGUCCAAGUUCCAGCCCGCCUACCACAACGAAGGUCACCCAGUCGGUUCCACCCUCGAAGUCGCUAGCUACCGUCCCAGCCACAAGGAGUCCACCCACGUCGACGGCACUACUGUCGACUUCCCUGCACUCCCUGCACCCCCUAGAUCCACUUCCUACAAGGAGAAGAUCGUUGUCGACGAGACUACUCUCGACUUCCCCACCCACCGUCCGGCUCAUAAGAAGGCACCCAGCCUCUACAGCGAGUCCACUGUCGACAUCCAAGAAAACGAACUUUCUCUAGUCAAAGUUUCCAACAACAACACAUCUUCCAAAAUGGCUUUCUACGACGAGGACUGUAAGUACCCAUCCAUCAUCCAUCUUCAUCCUUCCUUCAGACGCUUGACUUCUCACGGCCACGCUGAGGCUGAUGCUCAGCCCCGUGCCACCACCGGCACUGGCACCGGCUCUGCUUCCCAGACCGUCACCAUCCCCUGCCACCACAUCCGCCUCGGCGACAUCCUCAUCCUCCAGGGCCGCCCUUGCCAGGUCAUCCGCAUCUCCACCUCCGCUGCCACCGGCCAGCACCGUUACCUCGGUGUCGACCUCUUCACCAAGCAGCUCCACGAGGAGUCCAGCUUCGUCUCCAACCCUGCCCCCAGCGUCGUCGUCCAGACCAUGCUCGGCCCCGUCUUCAAGCAGUACCGCGUCCUCGACAUGCAGGAUGGCUCCAUCGUCGCCAUGACCGAGACUGGCGAUGUCAAGCAGAACCUCCCCGUCAUCGACCAGAGCUCCCUCUGGAACCGCCUCCAGAAGGCUUUCGAGUCUGGCCGCGGCUCCGUCCGUGUCCUCGUCGUCUCCGACCACGGUCGCGAGAUGGCCGUCGACAUGAAGGUCGUCCACGGUUCCCGCCUCUAA